UUACGAAAUAGUUGUUAUCUUAUCUUGAAUGUUUAUUUCGAAAAAUUUUUAAUCAUCGUAACCCCUCGUUGCUGUACGGUACUGUGUAGAACGUCGCAACGCAGAACACAGCUUCCACCGCCUCUUUAUUUUCGCAGAUCGAUCCAGCUAACUGACGAGGACCGUAAUAGAAAAUUUCGAGUUUAAAUGACUCGAGAGUAACGUUUUGUGUGACAAAUUACCGAAUAAGUGCUUUUCGUUCAUUGUAAAAUAGUACGAUCUUGAAUGUGCGAUCAAUAAGCAACGCAUUGCGACUUAUUUCGUAGAAAUUACAGUGGAUUCGAUUAAUCUGUAGAAUGUAGAACUAAAGGGCAAACUGAAAUGUAACUAAGCAGAAACAACUGAAACUUUAUGAGUUUCAUACUGCCUUGCAAAAUGUUUAGAAAAAUUUUGGAAAUUUUCUCAUUGCGUGUAUACGAGACAUACUGAGAAGAACAGUGUUCUUAUUACGUCUGAAAUAUGUAUGAUUUUCUCACAAAAUCGUGCAACAUUUUCUCUGUAAACAUCGACAUUGAGAAAAGAAAAAGAUUUCAAUAAUAUUUUGACCAUAAGUGCAUAAUUGUGACUUGAUAUGUGGACGAACUGCUUUGGUGCAGCAUAAAAUUAUCAGUGAUAGCAGUUUUUAAUUAAGGAUCGAUUACGAUUAACCGAUAUUAUAAAAGUUAACUAAGCUCGUAAGACAAUAAUUUCGAACAAUUGGAAAACAAUCAUAUUCAUAAACUGAGUAUGUCCAGAAGGAAACUGGGCAGUGACAGACAAUUCAGCAACGUGGAUUAUACUCAGCUUACAGAAACUGAUAGUGGCUUCAUUGAUUCUCAGUUUGUGAAUCCACCUGUAAAAAUACCAUGGAAAGCUAUUACGUUAGCAGCUCUUCUCUUUAUUGGUGGUACCAUUAUGCUUAUCAUGGGAAGUCUAAUCGUGAGUGGACACUUUGACUCUAAGUACUCAGAUCGUAUGUGGCCAGUUAUUAUUUUAGGUAUUUUAAUGUUCAUACCGGGAGCUUAUCAUAUGAGGGUAGCUGUUUUAGCAUAUCAGAAAGUGCCAGGUUAUUCCUUUGAUGAUAUACCAGAGUUUGACUAAUCAAUUGUUAUUUCAUUAGUAUGUUAUGUGUUCCAUCUAUAUGGAUUUAUUUAGCAUAUUGUUAUAGGUGUUAAAUUAUAAAUAUUUAUAUUUUUGUGAUAAUUAAACUGAUUACAAAUCUCUAAAGAAUGCGUAGGGCAAUGCAAUACAGUAUUAUAUUACAAUAUUUGUACAUAUGCAAAUGAAUAGUAAGCUUAAAAUUGCACAUUCUUGUAACAUAUAUAACUUUAUGUUCAAAGUAGUAACAUUGCAUUGGUAUAAAUUGUAUGUUUACAGCUUUUGAAUUUGAUAUAUAAUAUUAAGACUAGGUACAGAAUAUACCAAAAAUAAUUAUAAUACUGACUUAAAAUUAUUUUAUU